AUGACGUCUCACGACCACUCGAGCAUGUCAGGCAUGUCUGGCAUGUCCGGCAUGUCCGGAAUGGACGGAUCUUCCAACGCAUGCUCCAUGAACAUGCUUGGCAACUGGCAGACCAUCAACACCUGUGUCCUCACCUCGUCGUGGCACAUCAGGACGGAAGCUCAAUUUGCCGGCACGUGCAUCGGCGUGUUUCUGAUCGUCUUCCUCAUCGAGACGGUGCGAAGAUGGAGCCGCGAAUUCGACCGAUGGAUCCUGGAGCGCGCCAUGGUUCAGAGGAGGGAGGCCCGUCGCCGCACACAGCAACUCAAGACGGAGAUGGCCUCGCGUCUUGCCGACGCCGAUCCAUCGCAGGACCGAUCGACCAUGAAGCAGAAGCUGGAACAGCUCGACAGCAUCUUCUUCGGCAUUCCGCAAGACAAGUCCGGAUGCCGCCAAGCGGCACUCGACUCGAUGCGCUUCCGUCCCCAGAUGUGGCAGCAACUGCUGCGCUCGCUCUUGUACGGUGUGCAAUUCACUGGCGCUUAUUUGAUCAUGCUGAUCGCCAUGACGUUCAACGGCUACAUCAUCAUCGCGAUUGUGCUCGGAGGGAUUUUCGGUCACUUCUUUUCGACGUGGGAUACCCUGGGAUCUUCACAUGUGGUUGACAUCGACACGCUCGGCCUGCCAUCGGAAGGCGGAGCUGUCGUUGCGCAGUCGGACGACGCGGCAGCUCCGUGCUGCCAGACCGGGGCUGGCAAGGACUCUGCGAGCCUGUCGAGCGUCUCGGACGAGGCGAAUCACGCCAAGCAACACGUCGUCGCCCUACCGCAGCAUGUGACUGUUGCAGUGCCACUUGCAUCCACAGUCACAAGUUCCAAGGACGAGGAACGCGUGCUGUUCGUCUCGCCACCAACUCCUCAGCCGAGCUUUGAGAUCGCCAUGGUCUCUUCCACUCCAUCUUCUCCAGCUGCGGCUGCGGCUGCGGCUGCGGCGUCGACAUCGGCUUCGACAACAGCAUCGAGCGAAGCGGUCGAUGACAAGACCGAUGUGGCGCCGUCCACCGAGCCCAGCGCGGCUCAUGAUAGCUCGGAAGGCACGAAACAAGCGCUUGACAACGAAAGGGAGACAUCCUCAUCUUCGCUCGCCGAUGCGAUAGAUGAACUCGCUGUGAACGAGUCAGACCCGGAUGUCGGAGGAUCCGAAGCAGUAGCCACCGCAGACAGCGAACGGGUCUCGGGAUCAGCACCACAGCUCGAACAUCAAACAUCGGAAGACACUGACAGAGCAGGUGAUCCGGCUACAAACAGCUCCACCGAUGCCGCGCAAGCCGAAGAUACCGUCGACACGCCCAUCACCGCCGACAAGCCUCACGCAACGGCCAGCGCUGCCGACAACGAUGCGACGACCAGCUCGCCGACCCAACAGCCGGACGAAGAGACGCACGCUGAUGCGCCGACCCCAUCUGCACCGUCUGCGUCGACAUUCGAUACACACGAUUCAGCCGAGGUCGAGGAGAAAGCCAAUCUGGCCGAGACCUCGACAGAACCAUCGGCUGGUACCGAGAAGGGAUCAGUCUCGUCAGGCGAGCCGAGCUUGCCACCUCCACCACCAUCCGAAAAAGACAUGCCUCCGGCCCCUGUUCCGAAAGAAGCAGCGAAGAUGUCAGCGGAGGACAGGGCCGCAGAAGCAGCCUCGCCUUCGACGCCGGCAGCUGCAGGGAUCGGACGAUCAGAGAGAGCAGCGCUAGCAGACCCCGAGAGCGUGGCAGCCGUCGCGCAUGCCUUCGGUCGAGACUCUCCAGCGCUGCGCUCGUCAACAGACACGCCGAAGCGUGUUGCAACGCCAGUCGAGCCAACGAGCAUCAGCAAACCCUCGCAAAGCAGCGGCGCCGACGUCGAUGCGGCCAAAAGCACAGCCACAGAACCAUCAGAUCAACCGCAGCCCGCUCGAGCUCCGCGCCCUGACCCCGAUGCCGAGUCCGAAAAGACUCCGAGUCAGGACAGCAGCGCCUCGCGCGGUGGCAUCAAGAUCGGCAAGGGACCACCGCCUGCAACCCAGGCAAGCGAAGAACUGCCGUUCGACUUCAAUCGCUUCUUGGAGCAGAUGAAACAUCGCAGCGCUCAGCCUGUCGCCGAGUACGUCCGCAGCUUCAUCAAAGGAUUUGCCAAGAAGCCGUACCGCACGCAGGACCAGAUCAAGCUCAUCUUUGACUUUCUCGACUUCAUCGCCGCGAGGAUGCGCGAAUGCGAUGUGUGGAGGAGCCUCGGCGAGACCGACUUCGAGAACGCCAAGGAGGCCAUGGAGAAGCUCGUGAUGAACCGCCUCUAUCCGUACACCUUUACCCCUGCGGUCCAGAAGGAAGGUCGCUGGGCGGUGCAGACCGACGACUUGGAGCGGGACCGGGUGCUGCAGCAGCGCAUCGCCCUGUUCGGCUGGCUCAAGGAGGAGCACCUCGACGUGCCUGUCGGCGACCACUCGCGCGGGUUUAUCGAGUUCUCGAUCCAGGAGCUUCUCAAGAUCAACCAUUACAAGGCACCCCGCGACAAGCUCAUCUGCAUCCUCAACUGCUGCAAGGUCAUCUUUGGCAUGAUCCGCCACCUGUCGACGCAGGAGAAUGCAGACACGUUCAUCCCCGUGCUCAUCUUUGUCGUCCUCAAGGCGAAUCCGGAGCACCUCAUCUCCAACGUCGAGUACAUCAGCCGCUUCCGCAAUCCGGACCGCCUCUCGAGCGAGUCGGGCUACUACCUGUCGAGCUUGAUGGGAGCGAUCGCUUUCAUCGAGACCAUGGACUACACGUCGUUGAGCAACAUCACGCAGGACGAGUUCGAGAAACGAGUCGAGGAGGCCGUCUCUUCGCUACCGGAGCCCGAGCCGUCUAUCGCUGCGAUGGACUCUCUGCGCGCCCAGCCGUCGACGCCGCCGCCAAGAGGCCUGCAGCCCGGCUUCGGCGGCUCCGAGCAUCAGCGCAGCGUGAGCGGCGUCAGCGUGUCGGCGCCGUCUGGACCCGGCGAAGAGGCUGCCAAGGCGCUGCCGUUUACGCCGAUGGCCGCCUCGCUCGCCGACGACACGCGCGCCUUCUUCCUGCGAACCGGCGAAGCGGCGCGCACGGGGCUCAGUCGACCCAUGGGUGCGCUCGGCCGACUGAUCAACGAAGGAAUCGAGGGCAUCCGAACGCCCAGCAGCAGCAACAACGAGAGCGGCGCAUCGACCGAGAGGCACAACUCGCCGGCCCUGGGCUCGGGUCCCGGCUCGGCCAGCAUGACGCAGUCGACGUCGCGAUCCAAGCUUUUCGGCGGGCUGUUCGGAUCGCUCGACACCCCGGACGUUGCGGCGCAGGAGCGUGCACGCUCGGCGGGCUAUCCCGGUCAGCAAGGUGGACGGCGCCCGGCGACGCUUCUGGACGACGAGCCACAGACGCCUUCGACGGGCGACCUUGCGCAGGAUGGCUUUCAUCCGUACCAAGCCGGCGGCGCAGGAGGCGUGUUGGCUGCGCCGCCUCGACUGGUACCGCGACCUAACAUGCCGCAGCGCAACUACUCGAUCGACGAAGCCAUGUUUGACGACGAGUCGGCGGGCCGACGCAACCUGAUGGCCGCUUCCGCAGGCUCGAGGGCGGGUCGGAACGACGCCGACUACCUGGAUUCGGAUGACGAAGAGGAUCGUAUGGGUGGAUCUCACGCGAACCGUGGAGCUCCCAAUGCGGCCGCCGCCGAGUACAUGCGCCGUCGUAUGCAGAUGCAGCAAGAUUUUGGCCCGGGCGUCAACGCUGAGCUGCCGUCGACGCCGUCUCGCCGCGCGGGAUACGAAGGCAUGGACCCGAGCCAGCUUCAGCCUGGCCGACGCGAGGAGGUGGCCAUGGAGAACGCGCAGACCGAGCAGGCGAUCCAGCGCUCGCUCAUGGACCAGAAUCGGCUCGAGGCGAUGCAGGCGGACGAGGCAGCGCAGAACUCGGCGAGCAUGGAGACGCUCAAGUCGAUCUUCCCCAGCAUGGACGAUGGCUUGAUCCAGAUGGUGCUGCAGGGCUGCGAAAACAACGUCGAGACGGCCAUCGACCGGCUGCUCGAGAUGCAGUGA